AAGGUCGCCGCGAAGAAGCCGAAGAAGGCGGCGGGCGGCGCCAAAGCCCGCAAGCCGGCGGGCCCCAGCGUCACCGAGCUGAUCACCAAGGCCGUGUCCGCCUCCAAGGAGCGCAAGGGGCUCUCUCUCGCCGCGCUCAAGAAGGCGCUGGCUGCCGGCGGCUACGACGUGGAGAAGAACAACAGCCGCAUCAAGCUGGGGCUCAAGAGCCUCGUCAGCAAGGGCACCCUGGUGCAGACGAAGGGCACCGGCGCCUCCGGCUCGUUCCGCCUCAGCAAGAAGCCGGGAGAGGGCAUGGAGAAGGCUCCCAGGAAGAGGACGACUGCAGCUAAAGCCAAGAAGGCAGUGGCCAAGAAACCUGCCAGCGCAGCCAAGAAGCCCAAGAAAGCAGUGGCAGUGAAGAAGAGCCCUAAGAAAGCCAAGAAGCCAGCGGCUGCCACCACGAAGAAGGCAGUAAAGAGCCCUAAGAAAGUUGCCAAGGCUUCCAAGCCCAAAAAGGCUGUGGCUGCCAAGAGCCCGGCCAAGGCAAAGGCUGUGAAGCCCAAAGCUGCCAAGCCCAAGGCGGCCAAACCCAAGACAGCCAAGGCAAAGAAGGCAGCCCCCAAGAAGAAGUAAACCCCUGACCCACAUUUAAACCCAACGGCUCUUUUAAGAGCCACCCAAGAUUUCCCAAAAAGAG